AACUAUAGUUCAGAGUGUUUGAAAGAACCAGAACCAGAACUUAAGUCGGUGAAUUUAAACUCAGCUUCAAACGCUAACGCUACAUCAGAUGUUAAGUUAGAGUAUCCACCACUGGACCAAAUUCUUUCAAGAGAAGCCAACGACAAUCCUUACACAAAUGUUCAAACAAAUCCUUCAGAUAACGUAGACCAUUACCUUCUUCAGUUAUACCAAACAAUUUUACUCAAAGACGAUAAGAAGCUUUUGACAAAUCUUAUAAGCAAGAACCAAAUAAUUCUAACAAAGGAGGACCUUGAAAAUGUUAUCUCACGAAUAACAGGGAAACAAUGUGUCAUUGACUAUCUCGACCCUGAAAUCGAAUGA